AUGAACAAGCUGCUCCUCGUUGUUCUGCUUUUGGCUCUCAUCGCUCAGGCGCAGGCUUAUUAUGUAAGUUGACACAAAAAAUGUUCGAUAUAAGGUAACUUCAAUAUUUCAGCUCUACUACUACUACCCGAACAACAACAACAACGGCUACAACUACAACAACGGCCAAACGACCUACUACUAUUAUCCGAACAACAAUAACAAUGGUUACUACUACGACACGGGAAGCACUGGAUCCACGUACUACUACUAUCCGAGCAACAGUAACGGAUACACCACCUACUAUUACACGUAUGGACGUAAAUAA